AAGGCUUUAUCGGUUUUCAACUUACGAGAGCUGAGGGGCCCUUGGAAAGAUGACCCUUCAGUGGACUGCAGUAGCCCUCUUCCUCUAUGUUGAAGUAGCUGUCAUUCUCAUUCUGUGUCUACCUUUCAUAUCAGUUAAAAGAUGGCAAAAUGUCUUCCACUGGAGAAUAUGGAACACAGUGUCUCCAUACUGGAACAAAGGUUUCUUUGCCAUGAUUAUUAUCCUUAUUGUUCUCUUCCUUGAUGCUCUGAGAGAAGUAAUGAAGUACUCAGCCCCAGCACCUAUGAAAGACGCCAAAAUUAAUCCUAACCUGUUUGACCACAUUCAUAUGAAGCUCUUCAGGUCUCAGAGGAACCUGUACAUCUCCGGCUUCUCCCUCUUCCUUUGGCUGGUCAUGCGUCGUAUCGUCACACUGAUAAACCAGGCUGCUACGGCUGAGAGAGCUGUAGCUGAGCGUGCCAGCCAGCAAGACAAGAAGACAAACUAAGAACGUGGCUCUGUGAUGGAGCAAGGGUAUGACCUAGGAAAACACUGGAGAUAUUGUCGGUUUGCUAGAAAUGUUUUGGAUAUUGCCAAACUACUAACUAAAAAUGGCCAUGUUGUAAUUACCAUAUCAUCUCAGUGUUUUAUCAGUUAUCAGUUUUUUUUCUAUUGGGGGGAUUGUAAAUUUUUAUCUAGAGAGAUCGAGUUGAAAUGAAGUAUGAUAUUUUUCUGCUGAAUUUCCGUUUUACAUGAUCUGUUCUUAGGCUGUAAAAUCAUUUUAUGUUCUUAAACACACGUUAUGAAAAGUUAGGGUAAUGUUAGGGUAAUUUAAAAUGAAAGUAGUGUGGAAUCAGGCCUCUCUGUGAAGAGCUUCUGUGUGCUAUUUAAAUAACUCUGAGCUCUGAUGCAUGAUUGUACCUUGGACCUUUUUUCACGUGAUUUUUAAAUAAAUCUACUGGGAUACAGUGCUAAGCCUGCAUGAAGGUCAAAUCCAUGAAAAGACAUGAACAUACAGAAAAAUCUGAAAAACAUGCAACUAUAUUUUGUGGUUUACAAUAAUGAGAAACACCAAAACCAAAAAAUUUGGCAUAUUUACGAGACACAGAAGACCAGGAGAGGGAACAGAGAACUGAAUCGCUGAAUCGCUCAAAAUCAGUAUUUGCUGACAGUAUUUUACUGUCAUGUAAAAAUUCCUAUACCUUAAUUAUCAAUAAUAAAUGGCAAACAAUUCAGAGGCA